GACUUUUUGCCGUCAACCUUCCACCGGUAUCGAUUACUUGCCUGCUGUGCAGAAUUCUGUCUCGACGUUUUCCCGUUGGGUCUUUUGAACUCUAGUUCCUAUGGAUUUGACAUCCUGUCCUUUCACAUCGGUGCAUUUGAUGAGUGCUACUAGUUCCCGGGAUGCAUAUUUACUCAGGGUUGUGUACAUACGUACUUUCUAUUUCUUUUUGUUUUGGUAUGGGGUGACAGGUUGGCAAAUUCUCUUUAUGAACGACGUAUAGCCUAGGUAUAUCAAUCUAAUAAUACACAUUGUAACAAUC